GACGUCACAACGCCCUACUAACGCUUAGAGUUACUAGCUACGCACCAUGCGAAAACGUCGUGUACACUGCACACAGUGCCUCAGCGCUCAGUCUUGCCAUGACCUUAACCUUGUGGUUCGUGGACUCCCUCAGCACUCGGCGUAUUACUGCUUUCCUCCCAGAUCAUCAAAUAUUGUUUCAGUGCUCCAAUUUCUACUCGUUCCUGGCAGUUGCAGUAUCGUCGUCGUCGUCGUCUUCGCCCCAUCCCGCUCCUCGUCUUGAUGCUCGUCGCGUUCUUGGUCUUUCUCGCUCUCGCUCUCGUCGGACUUGUCGUGUUUCGGACAAAUGAAAUAGCAGACAGCGUGGAGGCCUGUCAAGUGGCCUUGCGAAGGUGUCCCCCAGGCCAUCCUCUUCAUUCCACCUGUCUCAGAAACCUUGCCAACAAAUUUCAUGACAGAUUUAAGCAAGGGGGGAGCCUGUCUGACCUCGAUAAGGCCAUUGAGCACUAUCGGGCUGCACUAAAGCUCUACCCCCACGGUCAUCCCGAUCGAUCCACGUCUCUGAACAACCUUGUCAACAGCCUUCGAGACAGACUCCAGCAACGGGGCGUCUCAUCUGACCUUGAUGAGCUCAUCGUGCUUUAUCGGGAUGCACUACUCCUCUGCCCCCCUGGUCAUUGUGAUCGACCCACGUAUUUGAAUGGCCUUGUCCACAACCUUCGAGACAGAUUCCAGCAGCGGGGCGUCACGUCUGACCUUGAUGAGCUCAUCGAGCUCUAUCGGGCUGUACUGGCGCUUUGUCCCCCUGGCCAUUCAGAUCGACCCGCGUCUCUGAACAACCUUGUCAACAGCCUUCGAGACAGAUUUCAGCAGCGGGGUGUCAUGUCUGACCUUGAUGAGCUCAUCGAGCUUCAUCGGGCUGCACUGAUCCUCUGUCCCCCGGGUCAUUCUGAUCGACUAACGUCUCUGAACAACCUUGUCAACAGCCUUCGAGACAGACUCCAGCAACGGGGCAUCCCAUCUGACCUUGAUGAGCUUAUCGUGCUUUAUCGGGAUGCACUACUCCUCUGCCCCCCUGGUCAUCGUGAUCGACUCACGUCUCUGAACAACCUUGUCAACAGCCUUCGAGACAGACUCCAGCAACGGGGCAUCCCAUCCGACCUUGAUGAGCUCAUCGUGCUUUAUCGGGAUGCACUACUCCUCUGCCCCCCUGGUCAUCGUGAUCGACCCACGUAUUUGAAUGGCCUUGUCCACAACCUUCGAGACAGAUUCCAGCAGCGGGGCGUCACGUCUGACCUUGAUGAGCUCAUCGAGCUCUAUCGGGCUGCACUGGCGCUCUGUCCACCUGGCCAUUCAGAUCGACUCACAGCUCUCAGAAGCCUUCUUAACAGAUUACAGCAGCGGGACGUCCCAUCUGACCUCGAUGAGCUCAUCGAGCUCUAUCGGGCUGCAUUGGCGCUCUGUCCCCCUGGCCAUUCAGAUCGACCCACGGCUCUCAACAGCCUUCUCAACAGCCUUCUCAACAGAUUCCAGCAGAGGGGCGUCCCAUCUGACCUCGAUGAGCUCAUUGAGCUCUAUCGGGCUGCACUUCUCCUCUGUCCUCCUGGUCAUUGUGAUCGGUCCACGUCUCUGAACGACCUUAUUACCAGCCUUCAAGGCAGAUUCCAGCAGCGGGGCGUCCCAUCUGAUCUUGAUGAGCUCAUCGAGCUCUAUCGGGCUGCGCUGGCGCUCUGUCCCCCUGGUCAUCCAGAUCGAUCCAUGUCUUUGAACAGCCUUCGAGACAGCCUUCAAAACAGAUUUCAACAGCAGGGCACCAUGUCUGACCUUGAUGAGCUCAUCGAGCUUUAUCGAACUGCACUGGCGCUCUGUCCCCCUGACCAUUCUGAUCGACCCACGUGUCUGAACAACCUUGUCACCAGCCUUCGAGACAGACUUCAGCACCAGGGCACCAUGUCUGACCUUGAUGAGCUCAUCGAGCUCUAUCGUGCUGCACUGGCGUUCUGUCCCCCUGGCCAUUCCGAUCGACUGACGUGUCUGAACGACCUUGUAACCAGCCUUCGAGACAGAUUCCAGCAGCGGGGUGUCAUGUCUGACCUUGAUGAGCUCAUCGAGCUCUAUCGGACUGCACUGAUCCUCUGUCCCCCGGGUCAAUCUGAUCGACCCACAUAUCUUAAAAACCUUGUCCACGACCUUCGAGACAGAUUCCAGCAGCGGGGUGUAACAUCUGACCUUGAUGAGCUCAUUAAGCUCUAUCGGACUACACUGCUCCUCUGUCCUCCUGGCCAUCCAGAUCGAUCCACGUCUGUGAACAACCUCGCCACCAGCCUUCGAGAUAGAUACCGUAAGGGAGGCAUCCUGUCUGAUGUCGAUGAGGCUAUUGAGCUCCAUAGGGAGAUACUGGAGCUCUGUCCGCCUGGCCAUUCUGCUCGAUCUACGUCCCUCAACGAUCUUGCCACCACCCUUCAAGACAGAUACAAUAAGCAAUUUGUCCUAUCUCACGAUAUCGAUGAAGCUAUUGAGCUCCAUCGGGCUGCACUGGAACUCCGCUCUGCCGGUCAUCCUGGUCGCUCCAUGUCACUUAACAAUCUUGCCACUAGCCUUCGUGCCAGAUUCCAGCAUUUCAAGCAGCAGGACAUCAUGUUGGACCUGGAGGAGGCCAUCGAGCUCCAUCGAGCUUCACUACUCCUUCGUCCCCCUGGUCAUCCUGACCGAUUCAUGUCUCUCACUAAUCUUGCUGUCAGCCUUGAAGACAGAUUCGAGCAGCAGAGUGUCCUAUCUGACCUUGACGAGGCCAUUGAGCUCCAUCGUCACGCACUGGCUCUCUGUUCCCCUAGCCAUUCCGACCGAUCUAUGUCUCUCCAUAAUCUUGCCACCAGCCUGCGAGUCAAAUUCCAGAAACGGGACGUCCUAUCUGAUCUCGAUGAGGCCAUUGAGCUCCAUCGGGGUGCAUUGGAACUCCGUCCCCCAGGCCAUUCUGCUCGAACCUACAUCUCUCAAUGAUCUUGCCACCUGCCUUCAAGACAGAUACCAUCGGCAACGCGUUCAGUCUGACCUUGAAGAAGCUAUUGAGCUCCAUUGGGCUGC